GUGGGUAGGCAGAGUCAGCCGGUACCCGGUGACUGGCAGUCGGGUAUUGGUGUUGGGGCAGAAUGGCGGCCGGUAUGAGGGCAGUGUGGCCGCUAUCGUUCCUGCGGAACGGGAGAUCUGUGAGCUGCUGUUCAUGGCGAUGGAACAGCAGUUCUGCACAAGAGAGGGCCAGGCAGUACACAGUUGGGAAGAAGAUUCAUGGGUUUACUGUCAACCAGGUGACCCCUGUUCCUGAUCUCCUCUUGACAGCUGUUAAACUUAACCACGAUAAUACAGGGGCUCAGUACUUGCAUAUUGCGAGGGAUGAUCCAAACAAUCUAUUCAGUGUGCAGUUUCGUACUACGCCUCUCAAUAGUACUGGAGUUCCUCAUAUUUUGGAACAUGUGGUACUUUGUGGCUCUGAGAAGUACCAGUGUAGAGAUCCCUUCUUCAAAAUGUUGACUCGAUCACUUGCUACCUUCAUGAAUGCCUUUACAGCAAAUGACUACACGAUGUAUCCAUUUUCCACCCAAAAUUCUAAGGAUUUUCAGAAUCUUCUGUCUGUUUACCUGGAUGCUGUUUUUUUUCCAUGCCUAAGGGAAUUGGAUUUUUGGCAAGAAGGGUGGAGACUGGAACACGAAAUUCCUGAUGACCCAGGCUCACCACUUAUCUUCAAAGGAGUUGUGUUCAAUGAAAUGAAAGGUGUAUUUGCAAACAAUGAAAAUCUUUAUGCUCAGCAUCUACAGAACAAGCUUCUACCAGAGCAUACUUACUCAGUAAUAUCUGGCGGUGACCCAUUCCAUAUACCUACGCUCACUUGGGAAGAAUUGAAAAACUUUCAUGCCACACAUUAUCAUCCUAGCAAUGCCAGGUUCUUUACUUAUGGUGAUCUGCCACUGGAGCAACACCUUAAACAAAUCCAGGAUGAGGCACUUUGUAAAUUCCAUAAAAUUCAACCUGGUACUUCAGUUCCUAAACAACCUCGCUGGAGUGAACCAAGAGAAUGUCAUGUUAAUUGUGGACCCGAUUCAAUGGCUCCUGAUCCUGCUAAACAAACAACAUACAGUGUGAGCUUCUUAUUGGGCGACAUUACUGAUAGCUUUGAAGCAUUCACACUGAAUCUUUUGUCAUCUCUGCUGGUAUCUGGACCCAAUUCUCCCUUUUACAAAGCAUUGAUUGAUGCCCGGAUUGGCACUGACUUUGCUCCUGUUGUUGGAUAUGACGGCAGCACAAGAGAGGCUUGCUUUAGUGUAGGGCUACAGGGUAUCGCAGAGCAAGACAUUAAAGUUGUGAAAGAGAUCAUCGCCAAAGUAAUAGAUGAAGUAAUUGAGAAUGGUUUUGAGCAAGAAAGGAUUGAAGCACUCCUUCACAAGCUUGAAAUUCAGUUGAAACACCAGACCACCAAUUUUGGACUUGCAUUGGCAUCAUACAUUGCUGCAAAUUGGAAUCAUGAUGGCGAUCCUGUGGAGAUGCUUCAGAUCAGUGAAAACAUGGCCAGGUUUAGGCAGUCAUUGAAAGAUAAUCCACGCUUCCUACAGGAUAAAGUCAAACACUAUUUCAAGGAAAACCCUCACCAACUGUCCUUGUCAAUGAGUCCAGGUGAAAGUUAUUUGGAGAAUCAAGCUCAACUUGAGAAAGAAAAGCUACAAGAGAAGGUGAAUUCUCUGUCUAUGGAUGAAAAGAAAGAGAUCUAUAAAAAAGGGCUGGAACUGAUUACUGCACAAAGCAGACCUCAGGAUGCAUCCAGUCUCCCAGCGCUUAAAGUUUCUGAUAUUCAGCAAACAUUUGCAUUGACACCUGUAGAGAUGACAUACGUAGAGGAUGAGGUCCCUGUUCAGUAUUGUAGUCAGCCCACCAAUGGAAUUGUUUAUUUCAAGGCUUUCACUAGCCUUAACACGUUACCUGAGGAGCUGAAGCCAUAUGUACCAUUAUUCUGCAAUGUGAUCACAAGGAUGGGCUGUGGGAGCCUUGAUUACAGACAACAAGAUCAGCAGAUAGAAUUGAAAACUGGGGGAAUGUCUGCCUCACCUAAGAUUCUCCAGGAUAACGAUAACUUAGAUAUGUAUGAACAGGGAGUGUUAUUUACUUCUCUUUGUUUGGAGAGAAACCUGCCUGACAUGAUGCGCCUCUGGAUGGAUAUAUUUAACAACCCACGUUUUGAUGAUGAGGAACAUCUAAGAGUGUUAGUAAUGAUGGCGGCCCAGGAACUAUCAAAUGGAAUUCCAGAAUCUGGACAUCUGUAUGCGGCAGUUCAAGCUGGCAAGACAUUGACAGCAGCAGGAAGAUUGCAGGAGAUGUUUAAUGGAAUAAGCCAGGUGCAACACAUGAAAAGAAUUGCAGAAAAGCCUGAACUCUUGACUGUUCUCCGUAAACUACCUCGAAUUAAGAUGCAUUUAAUGAGCAAUGAAAACAUGAGAUGUGCGGUGAAUGCUACCCCACAAGCAAUUCCAGAUGUGUCAAUGGAAGUUGAGAAGUUCAUAAGAAAUAUUUCUGGAUUUGGAAGGAAAAAGAAAGACAAGAAACUUAUCCGUGCAAAUGUUACUGAGAAACCACUCAAUCCUGAAGAUGCUGGAAGUGAAGUAUCUGGAGGUUCAGAAGCUACCAAAAAGAUAGUGUUUUCAAGCUUCAAAGCUUGUCAAAUGAAGACACAUUUCCAGCUUCCUUUCCCUGUGAAUUAUGUGAGUGAAUGUGUUUGCACAGUGCCCUACAUGAAUCCAGACUUUCCCAGUCUUUUUGUUCUUGCACGGCUGUUGACGUCUAAAUUCCUUCACCGGGAGAUUCGGGAGAAAGGUGGUGCAUAUGGAGGAGGUGCCAUUCUAAACCACAGUGGCUUGUUUACAUUUUAUUCUUACAGGGAUCCAAAUUCUCUCAACACAAUUUCUGCAUUUCGAAGGAGUGUGGAUUGGGCAAAAGCAGGAAAAUUUACCCACGAGGAUAUUGAUGAAGCUAAACUGUCAGUGUUUUCAACUGUGGAUGCUCCUGUAGCCCCAUCAGACAAAGGAUUGGACCGUUUUCUAUAUGGUAUUUCUGAUGAAAUGAAGCAGAAACAUAGAGAGCAGCUUUUUGCUGUUGAUCAUGAUAGUUUGGUGGGAGUAGCCAACAAGUAUUUGACAACUGGACACAGCCCUUGGGGAACUGCAAUUUUAGGACCUAAGAAUGAAUCUAUUGCACGAGAUCCUACCUGGGUCCAGAGAUAAUAUAUUGAAAUAAAGGGAGAACUGACCAAGGAUGUCAUCCUCUCAUUUUGCUGAAACUACACUGAGGACAGAAUAAGGAUGGAUUCAGCUGAAAUGUUAAUGUCUCCCAUUAAUGUUACGCAGGAGGCGAAGUUGGUAAACAGCAGUGUUCCACAUUCUGAAACUGUUCAGUGCUCUUGUGAAUGAGACAGAAUUGAAAGUGCUUGAUACCUCAAUUGUACUGAACCAGAGUAAAUAUGAACUCUGUGCAUUCAAUGCUUGACAAAAUGUAAGGGUGUAUACAACCAAUGUAAUACUUGAAGAAAUAGAAGGAAGAUGUUAUUUUAAGUAUGAGUUUGAAGAAAGAAAUCAUGCGAAUUUUUAUCAAUUAUGAUGCAAGUGUUAAUUGUAUCUUGUCCUUUGUAAUAAAUGUAGAGCAAAUGUCAUCCCCCUCAAAAAAAAUUAAAUAGAAUUUGACAUAAAUUUGCUAUUGGCGCAACAGCAAAUGUAUUGUGUGUUUGCAAUGAGAUUGAGACAGCUGGUCUGCAUGAACCAUCGUAAUUGGUGAUUGUCGAAAACUGUUUUAUAGAACCUUUGUAUUUUACUGAUCCAAAUUUAAACUUUUACCGUAGGAGAUAUAAGAUGAAUUGAUCUCAAUGUGCCCAUUAAACCUCCUAAAACUUUGGUGAUCAUUUGAAUCUAGUUCAUAUACUCCAAUAUGAAGGCACAAUAUUGCAAGUGUUGGAAUUUAAAAUAAAAACAAAGUAUUUCAAAUACUCAA